AUGUCAAACAACAACAACAACAAUAAUAAUAAUAAUAAUAAUAAUAAUAAUAAUAAUAAUAAUAAUAAUAAUAAUAAUAAUAAUGAUAAAAAUAAUAAUAAUAAUAUAGAUUCAUCAAUUAAAGAAAAGAAAUUAAAAGAAUGGUUUGAUAAAUUUGAUGUAGAUAAAGAUGGAUCACUAGAUAGUAAUGAAUUAAAAAAAGGUUUUAAAUUACACGCAAAUAUUGAUAUGAAGGAUGAACAAAUUACAAAAAUGAUGGAGAGAGCAGAUUCUAAUAAAAAUCAUAGAAUUGAAUGGGAUGAAUUUUUAAAGGUAGCAUCAGAUAGUUCAUCACCUGAAAUUGAGGAUAUUGCAGAACAUUGGUUACAAUAUUCAACCAAACCAAUCGUUCAUGCACCAGCAGAUGUACCAAGUUGGAAAUUAUUAUUAUCGGGUGGUGUUGCAGGUGCAGUCUCAAGAACUUGUACUUCACCAUUGGAGAGAUUAAAGAUUUUAAAUCAAGUUGGCCAUAUGAAUUUGGAACAAAAUGCUCCAAAAUAUAAAGGUAGAGGUAUCAUUCAAUCUUUGAAAACAAUGUAUACCACCGAAGGUUUUAUAGGUUUCUUUAAAGGAAAUGGUACAAAUGUCAUUAGAAUUGCUCCAUAUUCUGCAAUUCAAUUUCUAUCAUAUGAAAAAUAUAAAAAUUUUUUAUUAAAUAAUAAUGAUCAAACACAUUUAACUACAUACGAAAAUUUAUUUGUUGGUGGAGCAGCUGGUGUAACAUCACUUCUUUGUACAUAUCCACUAGAUUUAAUUAGAUCAAGAUUAACAGUACAGGUUUUUGGUAAUAAAUAUAAUGGUAUUGCAGACACUUGUAAAAUGAUCAUUAGAGAAGAAGGUGUUGCUGGUUUAUAUAAAGGUUUAUUUGCAUCUGCUUUAGGUGUAGCACCAUAUGUAGCAAUUAAUUUUACAACUUAUGAAAAUUUAAAGAAAACAUUUAUACCAAAAGAUACAACACCAACAGUAGUUCAAUCAUUGACAUUUGGUGCAAUUUCAGGUGCUACUGCACAAACACUUACCUAUCCAAUCGAUUUAAUUAGACGUCGUCUUCAAGUUCAAGGUAUUGGUGGUAAAGAUAUUUUAUAUAAUGGAACAUUUGACGCAUUUAGAAAGAUUAUUCGUGAUGAAGGUGUAUUAGGUUUAUACAAUGGUAUGAUACCAUGUUAUCUCAAAGUUAUCCCUGCAAUCAGUAUCAGUUUUUGUGUAUACGAAGUUAUGAAAAAAAUAUUGAAAAUCGAUUCAAAGAAAAUUUCAUAUCAAUCUUAA